CCUGCGCCCCACGCCAUGGCUGGGCUCUCCUCCCCGGCGUCCGCCUCGCCGGCUCCGCCCUCAAGCCUCAAAGGGGCGGGGAGGAGGGCGUGGCUUGGCGCGCGGGGGCGUGGCCCGCUGGCUGCGAGCGGCGGGGACGUGCUGUGCCGUGGGCGGGGAUCGGGGCGGGGCCUCGUACGCGGGGCGGGGUCCGGAGUCGCGGGGCGGGGCGGGGCCUGGGCUGAGGGGCGGGGUCUGGUCCGCGGGCAGUCGGCGAGACGAUGCGGCGGCGCGGCGAGGGGGUCGGCGGCGACAGGGACGGCGACAGGGACGGCGACAGGGCCCGGGCGGGGGGCAGGAGCGGCGCGGCCCGGCAGCAGCGUGUCCUUCCCCUUCUUUGUGGACCUUCAGCGGCCAGAGCUGCUGCUGAACAACACCAUCAACCUGUACCUCACCACCGAGCCAGGCGUCACAGUUGGCAUCUGGCACACAGUGCCAAGCAGCAGAGGGGCCGAGGCGCAGGGCAAGGACCAGCGCUGGUACGAGGAGGCGCUUGCCGACGCUCACCCUGUGAUCAUCUACCUGCACGGCAAUGGGGGGACCAGGGCUGCGAGCCACCGCAUCCAGUUCUUGAAGACGAUGGGGGCUGCUGACUUCCACAUCCUGGCUCUUGACUACAGAGCCACGUCCCCCGCAGGCUAUGGGGACUCCAGCGGGAACCCCACGGAGAGAGGCUUCACCACGGACGUCCUGGCACUAUACGACUGGGCCAAAGCGCGGAGUGGGAAUAGCAGCAUCCUCUUCUGGGGACACUCCAUGGGGACAGGGGUUGCUACGAACGCGGCAAGGAAACUGCAGGAGGAGCGAGGGGUCCAGGUUGAUGCUGUCAUCCUGGAGUCACCCUACACCGACAUCCGUGAGGCGGCCGCCAACAUACCCAUCACCAAGAUUUACCGCCAGUUCCCAGGUUUCGAGUACUUCAUCCUGGACUCGCUAGCGCUGAGCGACAUGUUCUUCCGCAGCAAUGAGAAUGUGAAGGUGCUGGCCUGCCCACUCCUCAUGCUGCAUGCAGAAGAUGAUGCUGUGGUGCCUCUGCAGCUGGGUCACAAGCUCUUUGAAACCGCACGCAGCGCCUACAAGGACAAAACCAAGGUGAAGCUCAUUACCUUUCCCGAAAAGCUGGGCUUGGGCCAUGACUACAUCUCAUUCAACCCAGAGCUGCCUGCCUUGGUGAAAGACUUCUUGAACAUUAAGUGAUGCCAGCUGCUGCAUUCAGCGACCGCGAGCACUUGCUCCAACCCACGCCAGGAACCCCUCGCUGCACUGAACUUACGGCUGUAUGUAAUAAAAACUACUGAGAAACUU